AUGAGGAGGGAGAACCAGAGCAGUGUAUCUGAGUUCCUUCUCCUGGGGCUCCCCAUCUGGCCAAAGCAGCAGGGCGUGUUCUUUGCCCUCUUCCUGGGAAUGUACCUGACCACGGUGCUGGGGAAUCUGCUCAUCAUCCUGCUCAUCAGGCUGGACUCUAACCUCCAAACGCCCAUGUACUUCUUCCUCAGCCACUUGGCACUCACAGAUGUCUCCUUUUCCUCUGUCACUCUCCCUAAGAUGCUGACAAACAUGCAGACCCAAAACACAUCUAUCUCCUAUCCAGGGUGCAUCUCACAGGUGUAUUUUUAUUUACUUUUUGGUUGUGUUGACAAUCUCCUCCUCAUGGUAAUGGCAUAUGACAGGUAUGUGGCCAUCUGUCACCCUCUCCACUACACCACCAUCAUGAGAGAGGGAGUCUGUGCUCUGCUGGUGGCUGGCUCAUGGAUUGUCUCCUGUGCCAGUGCCCUUCUUCACACCCUCCUGCUGGCCCAGGUGUCCUUCUGUGCUGACAACAUCAUUCCCCACUUUUUCUGUAGCCUCCCCAACCUACUCAAGCUGUCCUGCUCAGACACCUCUCUCAAUGAGCUGGUCAUAUUCACUGCAGGGGCUGCAGUUGUUGUUGUCCCAUUGAGUGGCAUCUUGGUCUCUUAUAGCCGCAUUGGGCUCUCCAUCCUGAGGGUACCCUCUACAAAAGGGAUCUGCAAAGCCUUGUCCACCUGUGGCUCCCACCUCUCUGUGGUGUCUCUCUUCUAUGGGACAGUUAUGGCCCUGUACUUUUCCUCCUCAUCAGGCCAGUCCCAUGACAAAGACAUCAUUGUUUCCUUGAUGUACACAGUGGUCACCCCCAUGCUGAACCCUUUCAUCUACAGCCUGAGAAACAGAGACAUGACAUUGGCUCUGAGGAUUCUUUUAAGAAACAAUAACUUUUUUUCCAACUGA